AUGUCACUUACGGACAAAUCUCCAGAAGUUUGUGCAAACUCUGCAAAAUUAGCCUCCCAUGUACUUGCUACGCUAUCUACCAGCGUUCGAAAUGACGCUCUAUUAGCUAUCCAUACUGCCCUCUCAAAUGCCAAAGAGUCAAUACUGGCUGCUAAUGCUAUUGAUCUCCAAAUUGCUCAGGAAUCCGUACGAUCUGGCGAACUCAGUCCAAGCAUUGCGUCAAGAUUAGACCUGGGGAGGCAAGGAAAGUGGGAUGAUAUGCUGCAAGGAAUCUUAGAUGUUCAAGAGCUUGAGGAUCCAGUUGGUAAGAUCACAUUGCGAACAAGACUUGAUGAUGGACUUGAAUUGGAACGCAUAUCCUGUCCAAUCGGUGUCUUGCUUAUAAUUUUUGAGGCUCGUCCUGAAGUAAUCGCCAAUAUUGCCUCACUAGCUAUUAAGUCAGGGAAUGCAGCUAUUCUUAAAGGUGGAAAGGAAUCAUCUCAAUCAUUCAUUGCAAUUUCACAAGCAAUUUCUACUGCACUAGAGUCUACUCUGGUGCCAAACUCCGCCAUACAACUUAUUACUACCAGAGAUGCCAUACCAAAGCUUCUAGAUCUCGACAAUUUUAUCGACAUGGUUAUUCCAAGAGGCUCAAGGGAACUCGUCAACUACAUCAAAUCUUCUACCAAAAUUCCCGUCCUUGGACAUGCCGAUGGAAUUUGCUCUAUCUUCUUAGAGCAUUCGGCAGAUCCAGAAAUGGCCGCCAGGGUACUCGUGGAUUCAAAGACCUCCUACCCUGUUGCCUGCAACAGCGUUGAAAUAUUACUGGUAGAGGAAGCUGCUCUGACAACUCUUCUACCCGUAGUUGCUACAGCUUUGCUGGAGAAAGGGGUGGAGUUGCGGUGCGACCAGCUCAGCAAGGAAACUCUAAUAACCAGAGUUCCUGCUGAACUUGUAACAAAAGUUUAUGAUGCUACAGAUGCCGAUUUCUCUACUGAAUUUCUCUCUCUCGUGCUCGCCGUUAAGGUUGUGCCUUCAAUCGUUGAUGCAAUCUCUCACGUCAACAUUUUUGGCUCUCAUCACACCGAUUGCAUUUUGACAUCUUCUGCAUCUCUUGCUGAGCAGUUCAUGUCCGCUGUCGACUCUGCCGGAGUCUACUGGAAUACUUCUACUCGCAUGGCAGACGGCAUGCGAUACGGUUUUGGAACUGAAGUAGGUGUCAGCACUAAUAAAUUCCAUGCUCGAGGCCCAGUUAACUUGGAGGGAUUAAUGAUUUACAAGUAUAAACUGCGUGGACGUGGGCAGGUCACCUUAGAUUACGGGAAUGGACAGGGCCAGAAAAGUUUCGUGCAUGAGAGGCUCGUUUAG